CUUGCCGCGCGGACGCAGAUGUGUCCGUCGUCCCACGCGGGUCGGAAGGCGGGGCGCUGAGUGUCCCGGGUUCCGGUGCUCCGUGGUGAGGGAGGAUGGUUCUCCGGCAGCUGCUGGCAGCUCUGCUGCACAACCCGCAGCUGGUGGAGCGGCUGUCCGAGUCGCGGCCUAUCCGGCGCGCGGCGCAGCUCACAGCUUUCGCCCUGAUCCACGCGCAGCUGCGGGGCCAGGAUGCGGCCCGCCGCAUUCGCGCUCUCGCGGCUGGUCCUGUGGGCUUCCUGGGCCGCCGCGCCGUACGCUUCCGCGACACCUUCUCCCAGGAACUGCGCCACGGCCUCCGGGACCGUCCCCGACCGCCACCGGGUCGCCAGAAGGGCCCGGGCACACGCUCUUAAGCUCUGUGGCUGGGCCUGGCCGAGGUCACCGACUUUCCCUUCUCUGCUUCACCCUGACCUUGGCGUGAAGGAGUUCUCUAGGACACCGCGCAUGCAUUCGGAUUCUGAGGUCCUCGGUCUUCAGACGUCUCGCCAAGAACUCUGGCCAAACCCAUAUCCACGUUGAGGCCCUGAGAUUGGAGAAAGAUCCCUAAGCCUGGCAGGUAUAGACUGGACCCGGGCACUGCCCGUACGACAGCCAUGGACCCACAGCCACCCAGCCAGCCUGCCUGCCUUCUACAAACGGGACUACACUGGUGCAGCAUGUUGCUGCCUCCAGGGAAGAUAAGAUAGUGGGUGGAAAGACAAACCUGCAGCUGCCGAGCUCUCUCAUUAAACGUGUCAGCUUACUCCUAA